AUGGAGGAGAAUGACCACAGUCCUAGGGAAGAAGCACUGGAGCAGCAGCAGCAGGAGUGCAGCAGCAGCAGCAGCGAUGCGGAGCCCAACAGGAGCCGGGCAAUGAUCCUGCCCGUGGUUCUGCAGGCGCCGGGGAAUCACCAGCACCCGCACCGGAUCACGAACUUUUUCAUAGACAACAUCCUGAGGCCGGAGUUCGGGCGGAGGAAGGAAGGGGGGACCGGCAGCAGCGGAGGCAGCAGCGGCAGCAGCCCGGAGCAGCUGCUCUUAGCCGGCAGGGAGAACCGACGGAGUCCCUCUACGGCGCCGGGAUCUGGGGGGCAACUCACCGGCGGAGGGGGAGGCUCCCCGGGCGAAGGAGAAGGAGGCUCCAAAGCCCUUGCUCUCAAUGGGGGAGCCAAGAAAGGAGGCAACUCCGGGGCCCUGGAAGGAGCCUUGAAAUCCCGGGGGCUAAGCGGCGGCGAUCUGUCUGUGAGCUCGGACUCUGAUAGCUCCCAAGCCAGCUCCAACACCAGUAACCAGCCCAUGCUCUGGCCAGCCUGGGUUUACUGUACUAGAUACUCGGACAGGCCUUCUUCAGGCCCCCGGUCUCGUAAACCAAAGAAGAAGAAUCCCAACAAAGAAGACAAGCGUCCCAGGACAGCCUUCACUGCGGAGCAGCUGCAGAGACUGAAAGCGGAGUUUCAGACGAACAGAUACUUGACGGAGCAGAGGAGGCAGAGCCUGGCUCAGGAACUCAGCCUCAACGAGUCUCAGAUCAAAAUCUGGUUUCAGAACAAACGAGCCAAAAUCAAGAAAGCCACUGGCAACAAGAACACCCUGGCGGUGCAUCUCAUGGCACAAGGACUGUACAACCACUCCACCACAUCAAAAGACGGCAAGUCAGACAGUGAAUAG